CGGAACUGCUACUUGACCAAGAAAGGGAACCGACAAGUCGAUACCGGCGUUGAUUCGACUGAUCCCAUCCCCGCGCGGAAGAAGCCGAGGGUUGAUUGAAAAGGUCCACCUGGAAAGAGGACACAACCAGAGCUACACGAUGCGUUGGCCAUGGGCCCAUGGACUACUGGACGGAUGAUGUUAGGUUCCUCACAUGGAACAGGUUUCCCUUGUUGCCAUCCCUACAUCCGGUGGUUCAAGGGCACCUGCACCUCGGGAGGAGAUUUCACCACAAGCUUAUCAGUGCUACGCAGCGGCUCACCACGAUCUGCUCAACCAGCUAUAUCUGAACAAGAUCGAUGGCUACCUCCAGCCAAGCUUUCUGACGCUCGUGCACCAUAUGGCCAUUGCCGCUCGAGAAACCGUUCCACCUAAAGGCAUGGCUUUGGUCGUAAAGCAAGUCAAUAAGUUGAGCAACUGGCCAGUGUUGUGGUGGGAAAACUUGGAAGUCAUCCGCCUUGUGACUCGCCAGGUACCCAUUCAAGUCAUCAUACAUAGAGGCGGUAUCAGCCAUCCGUAUCUCAAGCUGACCGUGGCGCUCCGACUAUUGGAGCAGUUCAUGCCGCUGCGGCAGGCGGACUUCUUCAGACUGAGCGACGACGGGCGCCACUUUGCCUUACUUUUUCGCGAAACCCAACGCAAACGAACGGCAGUGAGGGUGAGGGAAUACGCGGAGGCAGGAGGGAGAUAGCGAUGGAGGAUAUGGUAGUCGGUGGCGGCGGUGGGGGGCG